UCAACCAUGGCCUCUGGACCGUUUCCAGAAGAUGACGGAGCCCCACAGGUGGGCGGUGCUUGGCAGCUCGCAGCAGCCAAUAGGAAGCCUGGGUGUCGCUGUCAAACACAGCUGAUCGAUGAGUCAGGGCGAGAGCAGCCGAGAAGGUCGCACUUGUUGCUGAGCAGGAGCCGCCGCCGUCAAGCCGACAACCGAGCUCUGAUCCAUCUUCACUUUACAUCCUCAGAUCUGUCAGUAAAUCCUCCUCAGAUCUGCUCCUCAGCGCGAGCAGCCGCUUCAGUCCGGGAUCUCACCGCUGCUGCCUCUUUCACGGCUCUCAGGAAGUCUGGUUUGAUGUCUGCGUCAGUCCUGUAUCCAUGGCCGUGCGGACAUUACAGUCUGGUCUGUGGACUCCUCCUUCUGGCUUUCUCACCGCUCCUCGCUACAGGCAGACUGAACAACUGCACUCACCCUCUGGUGCCAGAACAUGGAGGUUUCCGCUGUGAUCCGUCCCCGUGUCGAGGUUUCCCCCAGAAGAGCUCCAUCCAUUUCUUCUGUGAGCCCGGAUACCACAUCAGCAGCAAGAUCCGUGUCUCCAGGUGUCGCCACGGAAAGUGGCUGCCUCCCAUACCCGCCUGCAUCCCAAAUAAAGAGGGUCCUAACGUGAACUCUGACACCGGAGUGAAUGACUCGAUGCCAAGCAUGGCCACAACAGCGGUGGGAGUGUCCAUCUUUCUGCUCACCACCACUGCCUGCCUGGUCGUCAAGUCGCGCCUCUACCCCUGUCAAUCACACAGCAGCCGUCGCUCCUCAGACCAGCUGGACCUGAUGGUGGAUGGACUUCCUGUCUCUCUCCCCUCCUAUGAGGAGGCGGUGUACGGCAGCUGGGGGCAGCGUUUGCCCGCCUGCUCAGCACCUGGACCCACCCAGCUCCUACUUGCUCAGGAGGAGUCUCUCAACAACCAAUCGGACGGCAGUCACCGCCCCCUCUUGUCCAGCCAAAGCCCUGACAACCCCCCUCCCCCUUACGAGGAGGUCCAGUCAUCACGUGCCAGAGAUAGGAUAAGUGACGGGGACGUCCGGCAGCUACAAGUUGCACUUUCAGAUGACAAGGACACUUGAUUGUCAGAAUGAGGGGUUCAUAUGUGACACACGGGGUGCAGUUGUUAAGCAAUGAAGGCGCAAUUUUGAUUGACAGCUGAUUGCUGCAGUGCAGUGUUUACUCUGCAGAUGAUAAAAGCCAAAUGAUGGCUGGAAAAAAAAAAAAAAAAAACGCGGACUGACAGCAGACUCCUGCACUUUUUCUGGUUGGCUGCAGCUCACCAGCAUCGGGACACUCUGUCCUAUCACACGCUAUUUUAGACAAAGCUGAUAAGCUCUGACUGGCCAGUUGUUAGGUCACAAAGACCUGACUGAAGAGGGCUAAAGUGCAGUAAAUUAAAUGUUGAUUGUAUAGUUUAUUGUAUGAAUGUAACUACCCUGGUUUUAGUGUGAACAAUGCAUGUCAUUGUUUGUGAAAAUGAAAACCUUUAAAAAUCCUAAAACGUGGUUUUCACAGGACAGCAGUAACAUGAAAAUUUAAGUGUGUGUGUGUUUUCAGUGUUGCUCUGGAGACAUCGUCUAUCCUUCCCGUCAGUGACGGGGCCAAUCGAGGCUUCCUUCGUGAAGUCAGGGGCGUGCUGUUGCAAAAACCUGUGUUUCCACAGCAACUGACUCCAUUUCUAUCUUUUGUACAGCAUUUCUCUUUGAGUCUUAUUGGGCUGUGGCGCACAUAUUGUGGAUUUGAAGCCAGCAUUGUGUGCAGACACUCCGGUAAUAAAUGGUGACUCAAUUUGGA